GCUGAAUGACAGUCCCAAUGUACCCUUGGUCCGUAACUGCUAUAACUGUGGUCAGCCCAGACACAUCUCAAGGUUUUGUCCACUGCCUGACCGUAGACUCAAUGGAGGUCAACUACCUAAUAGUAACUUUGUGCUUGUUUCUACUCAGCCCUUACUUACCUAUCCUUCUAUGUCGAAUGCAAGCUGGGAGGCGUGUCAAUACCCUCGAGGAUAUCAUCAGCCGAAUCAACAGUAAGCACGAAGCAGAUGUUGCACGAGAGAAAGCAGUCCAAGAAGGAAAUGACGGGAAGAAACGAGAACAUGAGGAAAAAGAAAGACGUCUACGAGAAAAGAGAGAGCGGGAGGAGUUUCAGUCGUCCAUUCGUCAAGAGUUAUCGUCUAAGUUGGAUGCUGUUAGAGAAGUUGUUAGUGGGAAGAAGGCUAGUGACGCUGAGGAGAUUGCCAAGCUGCGUGCGCAGGUUGAGAUGCUGUGUUGUCGGAAGGAGCCUGUUGUUACGAAGGACUCCGUUGUUGACGAGGUUCGCAAGUUGAAGGCCCGUGUGGAUGACCUUCAACGUGCUCGAGAUGCUGUGAGCACGUCUGCCACGAUCAGACAGACUUGCGAUGAUGCCAAAGAGCUGACGCGAUUUCGGAAGGAGCAACUGGACGUUAAGGCUGCUACCGAUAAACGCUUGGCUACGUUGGAGGCAGUCAUCGUUGCACUGCAAAAGCAGUGUGAAGUAGCCGAAGCCGACGCUGAAGCAUGGAAGAACGGAGCACUGCGCCCCGGUAACAAGCGUGGUGCUAUGGCGAUUGGUCAGACGCUUGCGACGGAAGCCAGGGUUAGGUCUCGAGUUACUCCGGCUGUAACACCUGGAGCCACAGGACGUGUCAACCCGCAAAUCAAAGCAAUGGUUGAGCGGCAUCAGCAAGAGGUGGAUCUGUUGAAGGAGAUGCGGUUGCGAGAGGUUAAUGCCCGUAAAGAAUCGGAAGAAGAGAUCGAACGGCUUAGGAAUUCAUUGGCGAAGCUGGAUUCUGCGAAGAAACGUGGCGGAACUAAUCUGAAAUCGAAGCUGGAUUAAGUUGUCGGUGGGUCUGCCAGAAAAGAUUCGGUCAAGGAGACCCCUAUGGUCUUGGUUAGUCAACGGGAAGCUGCAUUGAGGGAGGAACGGAAGAAACUGCUCAAUCUU